UCAAAAAAUAUAAACAAAAGUUAUGAAAUCUCUCCGCGCUUCGCAGAAAAGUUUCCUGAGAUUCAAAUAGCAACUAACACCGUUUUGCUAGUAUGUUUUUCAUUAAAAUCCUUAAAGCUCAGCCAACGGUACGGUUACAAGUGUUCAAACAAAGAUUACUCAGUAGCCAGGCCAAAAUCAGCGAAAAAACUGUUGAUCUUUAUCAGCAACAGUAUUCUCGAGAUUCUUGGACCAAUAUUACACCGAAAAUCUUGUCACAUCUGGAUCGGAAUUUACACUUGCAAGCAAAUCAUCCGCUGUCGAUUAUUCGCAAAAGAAUAGUAAAAUAUUUUUACGGAGCUUACCUAAAUCCAAGAGGAAGUCCAUUAUUCAGUGUGUAUGAAAAUCUAAGUCCGGUGGUAUCCACUGAGCAAAACUAUGAUAAUCUGCUCGUACCGAAAGACCAUCCGAGUAGGACAAAAAGUGACUGUUAUUAUAUUAACAAGGACUAUCUCUUAAGAGCUCAUACUACUGCACACCAGGUCGAACUCAUUCAAGCUGGCUUGGAUAAUUUCCUAGUGGCUGGAGAUGUCUACCGACGAGACGAAAUCGACGCUACGCAUUACCCGGUGUUCCAUCAAAUGGAUGGAGUUAGAAUUAUUCAUCAAGAUAAAUUGUUUGAAAGAACGCCUGAGUUGAAGGUGUUCGAAAAAUCGUACAAAACUUAUCUGACCAAUGAUACUAGUACAAUUUCGGAUUGUGUUGAUCAGCAUAAGCAGCCCUGUCACACACUGGAGGCUGUCAAGCUUUGCGAACAUGAAAUGAAGCGGGUGCUCGUUGGGAUGGUGAAAGAUUUGUUUGGGGAAAAAGUCGAGUAUCGAUGGGUCGAGACGUAUUUUCCUUUUACCCAGCCUUCCUGGGAGUUGGAGAUAUUUUUCAACGGCAAGUGGUUGGAAAUUCUUGGCUGUGGUAUCAGUCGCAAUGAGAUUCUCGAUAAAGCAGGGGUAGAUAAUUCGAUUGCGUAUGCCUUUGGAGUCGGACUGGAGCGGUUGGCUAUGGUGCUGUUCGAUAUUCCAGAUAUUAGAUUGUUUUGGAGUACGGAUAGUGGUUUUCUAAAUCAAUUCAAUGACGAAAAAAUUGUAAAGUACAAACCGAUAUCGUCUUAUCCACAGUGUACAAAUGACAUCUCAUUUUGGUUGCCGGAAGGGUUAUCUUUCGAAACGUUCUCGGUGAACGAUUUUUACGACUUGGUACGAACAAUCGGAGAGGACAUGGUGGAACAGGUAACCUUAAUCGACAAGUUCAAUCAUCCGAAGACCGGUAAGUCUAGUCUAUGUUUUCGGAUUGUUUACCGUCACAUGUCCCGAACCCUAACACAAGCUGAAGCCAAUGUUACUCACGCGAAAAUAGCGGCUGAGAUGGUAAAAGAGUUCAACGUGGUUAUUAGGUAAAACGGGUUGGCUUAAAUAUAUGUACAGCAAUGA